AUGAGUUUUAUUGAAGAAAUUCAAACGUUUAAUGGUCCUAAAUUUUAUUGUUUGUUAUGUGGAGUACACGUAGAUCUCCAAGAUAAAAUUAACCAUUGUAAAGAAAAAGGACAUUCUACACUCCAGGAUUAUGAGACUUGUGAUACACUGAGUGUUGAUGACAAACUGAUUAUGGUGAAAAGUGAAUCUCUGGCGCCAUCAGAAGCUGAAUUUGUAGCCGUGAAAAACAUUGUUCUGACUUGUGAGAAGACAUUGAAGCUCGUUUCUGAUAUGUUUGUUAGAGAUUUAGCUAUAGAAGCCCAAAAAGCUGAAAGCAACGAUGGCAUCAGCAAACAAAUAAACGAAAGUGUCGUGGCCAGCGCGUCAACAGUAGCAACAACAGCCACAGAUUCGCAGCAACAAAACAUAGAUAUGAAAACUGAAAAUGAAAUUAACGUAGAAUCAUUAGAAAAUAUAAAGAAAGAUGACACUGAAGACAUGAACGUCGAGAAUGAUGAUGAUGAUCGGAAUGGUGGCGAUAAAAAUAAAGAAAAUAUAAAUACUGAUGGUAUGGGAGAAAGACAGUUAUUAGGCAGCGUCAGGGUUGGCCUACUAGGAAAUGGUCUGCUAAUGGCCGGAGAUGUGCGAGUUUGCCUCGUGGUGGUUUCGAGGGAUAAGCCAACAUUUUCAACACUAGUCAAGAUGAAGGAAUACUUCGACGAACAGCUCACUAAAGUGACGCCAUCAGAAGAUAAUGAAAGUAGUUAUCAGACGACACUGAAUAGAAAUGGAGGCUGUUUUGUAGUGGCUCCAGUUGAUCCCCUGGCAGUUCCCCAGGAAUGUUGUGACGAGGCCUUACUAGCUAUAAGAAGAGCUAGAUGGUUUGAGUCAAAGAUGUAUCUAUUGAACCAUUGUGAACCUGUCUUUAGAGUAUUAAGAGAUCUAUGCAGUAAUGACCCGACACUAACCGUUCUAAAUAUUUGGGUGAUGUUGCAGCAAUUGUUAUUCAAGGUUUUGAGUUCGUCCAGUGGAGCACAGAUUUCAAUCAGUGAAGCCGUCCUGAGAUUUUUUGAGAACGGUCCAGGCCUGCAGGACCCGUGCGAGAGGGUGCCUAUUAACUUGUGCAAACAGCUCACAAUGCAAGAGAGAGAAAACAUUACCUUCAAAUCACAGGAGAUAUUACGAUUUAUAAGUCAGAAGCGACUCUACGAAAUUUUGAACAUUCCAGAAGAAAACAAGAACGACAAAGUGAAGGCCGUCAUCAAGGCACUGGAAGAUAUCAAAAUGAAAAAAAUUAAUUCAAAAUUAUGA